AUGGCUGACUUGACAACUUUGAGAAGUCAAAUCAACCAAUGGACCCUAGAUCAAGAUAAUAAAGUAUGAAUAAUGAAAUACCCUAACUUACUUUAGACCUUCGUUAAAUUAGAUCAAAUGAGUACCAAUCUCCUUACAAAAUUUGGAGCUGUGUCAUCCGAUAUCCGAUCAGUUUAACAUUCAGCUAACUCUAUCCAUGCUCAAAUUAAUCAAGCCUUCAAUAAAUUUCUAACUUUGAGUGAUAGUCGUUUUACUGAAUAAGUAUUUUGUUGUCUAGAUCAUUAAAGAGAAUGGCUCCUCCAUAAGAAGCCCCUCCAAAGGCUGCACCUUCAUAAAACAAAGAUGAUGGACUCACUACAGCUCAAAAGUACACAAAAGCUUUAGGCAUGGCAUUAUAAUCACUUGAUUUACAAUAGAUGGCAUAAGAUGGUAUAAAAAUUCUUAAAUUCCCUAGAUGACAUAUUUGAUGACAGAGAUGAUAAAUCAAUCUCUGUCUUCUCUGCAGCUACUACUAGUGGUACUGUGAGUAAGUCUGUUAAAUUGCCUGCCAUGUUUGGCACACCCUAAUUCAACAACAACAAAUUUAUUGGUAAUACUCUAUACCAUACUUAGGUCUUUUUGAUGACUUUGAUGAAGCUCCUAUCUAAGAGCCAGUACGUCAAUCUGCCCCUGCACCAAUAUAUAGAUAAUCUGAAGCACAACCUUAAUAACAAUCUUUCAAUAAUUAAUAGUCUUAAUUGAUUCCACCAUAAAAUCAGUAGCAAAUUAGAUCAUCUAUCAGAUAAGAUUAAUCUUAAAUCUCAUAUACUGGAGACAACAAUUAAUUUAUUACACGAACAAAUUCUGCUCUAGGAAAUUCAAUGAUGGAUUAAUAAUUCGGGUUUACAAACCCUCAAUAAAAGGCAGAAUUUAAUUUAGCCUUUGCACCACCAUAUCAAUAACCACAAUAACCAGGAGUUCAACCACAACCUCCUCUUCAAACUGCUUCACAAACACAGAGACCAACAGUAGUUGAUCCUCCUCCACCUCCACCACCUCCUACCUAAUAACCUUAUUAUUAAUAACCAUCAAUAUAAUAGCCAAUAUUAUAAUAACCACCUCCUUAAACUCUUUAAGAUUAGCUAAAUUCAAUAAUUUAAAAAAAGAGAGAAGAAAAUCAACCCUAUUAAUAACCAAUUUAGUAAUAAUAACCAUACUAAUCUUAAUAGGAAUAACCACCUGAAUAAAGAAAUUCAUAAUAACCAGUAAAAGUAUUUUAACCACCAAAUGUAAUUGGAGCACCUACUUAUGCAAGAGAAAAAGAUAAAAUAAUGAGUUUGUUUGAUGAAGAUGAUGAUGAUGAUAAUGAUGGUGGGUUAUUUAAAUCUACAACUACAAAUAAAAACAAAUUCAAUAACCUACUAACUGAUGGAGUUGCAAAACAAGAAUAAAAUUAGAAACCAGUAGCUGUUGUUAUAAAGGAGGAAGAAGAUCAAGAUUUUAGAGUAUAGCCUAGAAUAUCAAGUACUAAGCCUGCUCCUAAAAAAUAGUUAUUUGAUGAAACAGAAGAAGAGACUCUUUAAAAAGCAAAUGCAGAUAAAAUUGCUGCUAUGUAUGCUUAAUAAUAAUAAUAAUAAUAAUAAUAAUAAUAAUAAACAAAAUAAUAAGUACCUCCUCCUAAAUUAACUACUUAAAGAAAUGCUUUUGAAGAUUCAGAUGAUGAAAAAAAGAAGAAGCCUCAAAUUUCCGUAAAACCAACUGAAUAAUUAACUGUACCUACUGAAGAACCACCAGUUAGACCUUCUAUUUAAUAAUUACAAAAUAAAUUGAAUUUGAAUAUGUUUAUGAAGCCUCCUGGAGAAUAAGUCACAAUGAAGGACAUUAAAAAAAAUGAAAGAGAAAAUGAAUCUGAAUUUGUUGAAUAAUAAGCAGAAAGACCAAUUGUGUAAAAAAAGAAAGCUAGAGGAAGACAAGCAAUUGAUUUUGAUGAUGAUGAUUCUAAUAAGAAAUCAGCUAAACCAACAUUUGUUAUAAAGGAGAAAACUUAAUAAACUUAAAAGGCUGAAGUAGUAAUCGAUAGAACAUCAUUUAGAGAAUCAAUUAAAUUUAAUAAAUAAGGAGAUUUUGAAGUCCCAGUUACUUUGGAAGUGAAAACUGAAAAAAAAGAUAUUCAAGUGACUAUUACUCAACAAUAACUACCAAGUAUAACUUAGAAUAAACCAACUUAAUAAGAUCCAUUAACAAAAAAGAAUAUAGGAUAAGAAUUUGAAUAAAAGUAAAUUCAUAUUUUUAUAUGAUUUAGAGGUUUACCCAAUUUUUUUAAUGAUCCACUUUUGGGAGGAGGAAAGAAAUAAUAAUAAUAACCAGCUUAAAUAAGUAAUCUUCCUGGUUUUGGAGGUAAAUAUUAAUUAUAUAUAAUAGGUAAAUCUAAUACAUAGACAACAACUGUUUAAGUAGCAGUCACUCCAACAAUUGCUAAACCAUAAAGAAAGAAUAUGUUUAGUGAUGAAGAAGAAGAUUCAGCUCCGAAAUUACCUAUGCCAGGCUAAAGAGUUGAGUAAGAUUCAAUUAUUAUAGUUGACCCCCUAAACCUGCUGUUUAAUUAUAAUAAUAAAUUGCCCCUCCUUAAUAGAAACCAUCAAUAAAGAAAAACAUGUUUGAUGAUGACUCAGAUGAAGAUCUGAAACCACCUUCAAGAGCUACUGUUUAAUAGUAACCAGUUAAACCAUCUGAGCCAGUUAAAAAACCUGAAGCUCCUAAACCUACACCUGCUUAAUAAAGGAAUUAAAGAAUGCAAAGAGCAUUAUUUGAAGAUUCUGAUUGAUAU